AUGUCAUUCGAGAAACCCUCCGUCUGUACCCUCCAAGUGAGUUUGUCCACCUGGAGUCCCAAGCAGGUCCGCCAGCAGAAGAUAAGAGGCUUAUUGUCGAACCCAGCGGGAUUCAAUUUCAGAGAAGCACUGCGCAACACAACGUUGCCCCGUGGUGGGGGAGCAGACGGCAGAGAGCCGGUAGCUGUUAAGAAAGGCCAAGUUGUUGUUUUCUCAAGCUUUGGUCUGCAGCGCCGGCCUGAAUAUGUGGGGCCAGAUGCCAACUACUGGAGACCAGAACGAUGGGAACAUUGGACACCGCCAGAGGGCUCUUAUAUCCCCUGGGGAACGGGCCCACGUACCUGCUUGGGCAAGGCUUUUGGGCAGUUUCAGGUGGCCUAUACACUCGUCCGGCUCUUUCAGGAAUUUGAUUCCGUUGCCGAAGUCAACCACGGCAAAAACACGGAGCAAAGGAUUAGGUUGGAGGUCCUAGCUAAGCCUGCAAUGACUAUUUCCUGCCGGUUCAAUCGCGGUGACCAAUUUCGUUGA